CUCGCUCCACAUCUGGGCGAUAUGAUGAUGCUUCGGAGAGACGCUUGCGAACUGGAGACCCAGCAAGGCUUGGCGGAGAGCUGCCGGCACGCGCAAUCAUCGAAACCGAUUGUCAUUUGAAGUAGCGCAUCUACUUGCAGUCCCUGUGUUCAACACGACGGGCCCAAGCACCCUUAUUGGCACAGUGCGAUGACACUUUCUUCGAUCAAUGUUGGUCCUCUUAGCAAACGUCGCCGCUGAGAUGUCCAAGCUCCACCGCGCCGGCGGCUUAUGUUUUUGCUUUGAAAUUGCGGACCCCCUACCUGUUAUACCGACAAUGUCGACAAACCCACAACAAUCAAGCUGCUUCCAGUGCAGGAUAAUACUGGUUCAUAGCUGCGCGCGUGCAGCAGUCUGUUGUGACGAAGUGUCCUGCAGACUGAUAAAGGAAGGUAAGUGGAGUGUCUAUACUUCAUAUAGCGUUGGAUCCGUACAAGAAAUCAACGCUUUGCGACUCGAUUCCAUUCAUCCGCAUUCAACCAUUCCAUCCACUGAGUCCUAUGUUUCAGGGCCGAAAUCGUAGCCCAUAAUCGAUCUGUCCGCGACUGGACGCCAGCGAGGCCAGAGCCGUUAUAUUACAUCUCGAGUCACUGCCGGCAAUGGAUGGACGCAGCAUGUCCCACUUGUACGUCACUUAAUCGACUGGUUCAUCAUGG